AUGGUGAAACGGGCGCGUGAGAGCCAGCCAGAUCUUGGUUGUGUGCUGCGUCACCGUUGCCCAACGCCCAAAGCCAUUGACCCUGCACUGGAAGCCUCUGAGCUCAUUGGCAGGCUUUUGGCUCCUUUGACUGUGGAGAGCUUCCUGUCCUCAUGCUGGGCUGAGAAGGUUCUCUUGGUCGAGGGACCUCCCAAGCGCUUGGGACCCAUCAUUGAGCAGUUGAGCCAACUGAAUUUGGAGGACAUGUUGCAGGAGACGCCCAGUGAACAGGUGCAUGCGUGGCUCAAAAGCCCCACAGAGACAGCUCUGCAGAGUGUUCCUCUGGAGCCGGCGGCGGCGCUGGCACUGCAGCGGUGUGGCCAGGCCGCGCUCUACUUCCGAGCACCCGAAGCCUUGGAGGACUUGCUGGUGCCUGGCAUUUGCACCGGCUUGAGAGCAGCUUUCGCAGGGAUUUAUCCAGGUGAUGGACGUCCCCGAGGCGAGAUUGAGACCUUCGUGGCUCAAAGAGGCCAUGUGACAGGUUGGCAUACGGAUUUUCAGCACAACUUCACCUUCCAGCUGAGGGGAUCCAAGCGGUGGCGCUUCAAGCAGGGACCGGUGAAGAACAAUGUGCGGGCUUUGACGCCGCACUUUUUGACCAAAGCCAAUUUCGAACAGCAGAUGAAGCUUCACGUCACGUGCGAUCCAUCACAGCCUGACUUCAAGCCACCGGAGAGCUUCUUCGCAGAUGCUGAGGUGGUGGAUGUGACCGCUGGUGAUUUGCUCUAUCAUCCCGCAGGGAUUUGGCACCAUGUGGAGGUCACUGGAGACACCGAGAGUAUAUCGAUCAAUGUGUCCAUCUCUUGUGCUUCUUGGGCUGACUUGGUGAGCGACGCCAUACGCCAAUCCCUUUGGAGCUCAAGUCGCUUGCGUGCACCCAUCGUCGGCCUGCAAGACUUCGUGGAAGCCAAGCGCAUGGUUGAGGAUCGUCUUCGAGAGGCGAAGAAGCACAUCAAUGCACUGAGGGCUGAGGAUUUGCUGUCGCCGGUGAUGCUGGAGCCGAGGUUGCCGUCGCGUAUCGACAUAAAGCGCUCUCGCUUGGGUCAUGAGCUUCCAAUCACGCAGCAAAUGUCCUUCCGCUUCUCCCACUUGAGCGCCUUGGUCCAGCUUCCUGACGAGAUCCAGUCCGAGUCCGAAGAGGCACAGCGUCAUGAACGAGGGCGGUAG